AUGGCAUUGGCAACUAGCAGACUGGCAAUAGUGACAGGUGGAAACAAGGGCAUCGGGUACGCCAUCGUAAAGGCUCUGUGUGAACGAUUCGACGGCGAUGUUUACCUUACAGCUCGCGACGUCGGCAAGGGCGAGGCCGCGGUCGGACGGCUGAAUGAGCUGGGUCUGAAGCCUAAGUUCCACCAGCUGGACGUGACCGACACGGGUAGCGUGGCCACGUUCGCCAAGUUUGUGGCCGACAGCUAUGCGGGCAUUGACGUGCUGGUCAACAACGCCGCGAUCUCGUUCAAGGCGACCGCAACCGAACCGUUUGGCGUGCAAGCCGAAGAAACUCUCCGGGUCAACUACUUUGCACUGAGGUCCGUGUGCGACGCACUGUUCCCAUUGCUAGUGCCCGGUGCACGUGUGGUAAAUAUGUCUAGCUCUACCAGCCGCCUGUCAGUGAUUCCUGGUGAAGAGCUCAGGCGAACGUUGUCCUCGCCUCUGUUGACCGUCGUCCAGCUGGACACGCUGAUGCGCCAGUUCGUGGAGAAAGCCAAGAGUGGCGAUCAUGAACAGUUCGGAUGGCCGUCAUUCGCAUACAGCGUGUCUAAAGUUGGCGUUAGUGCGCUGACAUUUAUACAACAGAGGGCAUUCGAUGAAGACCCCAGGACUGACAUUGUGAUCAACAGUGUCCACCCUGGCCACGUGGACACGGACAUGAAGACUCACGAUGGAAGAACUACGUUUACCGUUGAACAGGGGGCCGAAGUUCCAGUUUAUCUGUCUCUGUUGCCUGCAGGUGAACAAAAUGUUAAAGGCUGCUAUGUCUGGAGUGACAAGACCAUUAGAAAUUGGUGGGAAUGUUAA